AAAUCCCGGUGCUCGACACUGUUGAAUUAGACCUUUCAGAGAUUGGACGGACGUAACGUUUUAGAUCUACAGUAGAGCCAUGAGUGAACUCGGAAGAUCAUAUUACGGUCGCACGGGAAGGGGACAUCCUGGGACGAGACGGGAUACCAUCUUUACCCCGGGGCUAGUGCGUGAGGUCCGGCGGGCAAAGCUCAACCGCUUUAAGUGCGAGUACCAGCGCCGCUGCGCACGGUUUAGGGAUGAACUUGGACUGCAGGACGAUCUCUUCUUCCCUGAGAGAGACAUGUGUUAUUGUCCAUCCUGCCACGAGAAAAGGGGAGACAUCGAGAUCUACCAGCGCGGAAACCCGCCCAAACCUUACGUCCUGCCGUUGGGCUGGAGCAGAUUUGCUCUGCAGGUUCCCCUGCCACAGGUGAUGCUGCCCCGGGGUGGGACAGUCGCUGCGUUUGACAGCUGGCAGAUGUGUUUCCACGGAACUCUGAAGGACAACGUCAAACCUAUCCUGGAGACAGGGGGACUGCGCCGACCGGGAGAUGACAUUUCCGGAGGAACCCUGAGCCAGAGGAACGGUCACUUCAACGAGGAGUGGAAACCUGAAGGGUUCGACACGCUGCAGGUCUUCGUGUCACCCAGCAUCCGAUACUCCUCCAAGGACGCGUACUCAUCUCCAUAUACCUGGCGAGACAGAGCUACCGGCCAGAAGUACAGGGUGAGGUCGGCGUUUCAGGCCCGUAUCCGCCCGGGCAGCUACAGUAUCGGCCCGACUACCCUGCACCAUGUGCGCCGUGGGGACAGGAUUGACCCCAUCUACGGGAAUGAUGAGAUCGAGUGGUCCACCAAACACGUGGACGCCAUCAUGCUGUAUGGGCUGCUCAUCAAGAUGGAACCUUGUUCUUAAUAUUUGAAAAGAAAAACAAAGGAAAGUCCUUAUAAUGCCAACCUGGACGGGAAAUCACCGGGCAUGAGCUUCGAUUUUGAUUUGAAUGUUCAGCUUUCUUUUAUGCUCCAAGUAACACAUGUUUUGUUCAUGUAUAAUACCCUGACUGUGUUACUGCUGUGACAUGUAUUCCUUUCCCUUGUGCAUACUUCGAUCAAAGGAUGUUGGUGAUUCUAUAUGUGUCGUUUCUUUGUAGACUUAGCCCAUUUAGCCCCAUUAGAAAAAAAAAAUAGUCAAAAAGGGGCAACCCAGCUCUCUGAAAUUGUAAAUGCCUGUAAGUUCUUUAUAAUCUACCUGGGAGUAGCGAUAAUUUAGAUUCACUUUGGAUUAAGAUUGAUUUUAAGCUUUCAUUUAAUAUAUUUAUUAAGGCAAAAUUUGUGAAGGUCUAAGAAAGUUGUUUAUAUGGAAUGAAAGAUGCUGUGCGUACUCGAUUUGACAGUAUACCAGUACACGCAUUUCCCUGUUCACGUAUCUGAAUUCAAUAAUCUUGGAAGUUAACUUUAUCGAAUGUAGAACAUUCUUAUUUGGUGUUUAUUUUAGGGACAUAAUGGGGAUGACUUAAGACUUCAUUAUGAAUACGGUUUGACUAUUUUAACCAUUUUAGUUGUUGGUGAUGUGACUUCUAUGGCCCUGGUAUGGUGGGUUCAUAUUUCUGGCGUAAACAGAACGAUUUUAAAAAGAAACCAAUUAAUCCCAAAAUA